AUGAAAUAUGCUCGAUUAGUUGUGAUCUGGGUUCUUGCCCUCAUUAAAGCCUCAUCUGGCAAUGACUAUUCCACGAACACUUUUGAUCUGGAUCAGGAUGUCCUCACCCAAGUAUUCAAGCGUUCAAUCCGAGAAGUCUCUAAAGCACAAGAUAAUCAUCAUACCUGCAAAACAUGGGGAACAGGGUCUUUCAAGGCAUUUAACAAUGAAGCUUUCUACUUUGCAUCAACCUGUGACUUCUUCAUGAGCAGGCUAUGCAAGGAAGGGCUUGAUAGUUAUGAGGUGAAAAUCCGCCGUGGAUCAUCUGGAGACCUCGAGGAGAUAUUCAUUAAAAUUGAUACCAAUACGAUUGUUGUGACUAAUGGAGUAAUUAAGGUUAAAAACCAAAUAGUAACUUUACCAUUUGACAACAAGAUGAUCAAUAUUCAUAGCAAUGGAGUUAAUAUCAAAUUUUCAAACAAGAAGCAUUCGAUUUCCCUCAUCUGGAAUGGUAACAAUACAUUAUCGCUUAAACUGCACCCUAGGUACAGUGGACAUGUCUGUGGACUUUGUGGAAACUUUGAAAAGAUUGGAAAUGAAGAUCUGAGAUUCAAACAGGGCUUGAAUUAUUUGUUGGAGAACUGA